AUGUCUAAAUACGCUUGGUACACUAGAGUAACUGAUGCUGCACAUCGUUUGACUGUCUUGACGCUAGUCGGAGGCACCAUCUACAUGGCCGGAGGACUAGUUUACACUAUGCACAAGACCGGUACCAAAUACGAGCAACAGGUUACUCAGAAGGCUGCGGAAGCGGAGGCAGAGAAAAUUCAGUGA